AAAAAUUUGACCUGUUGAUUAAUGAUCACUACACUUGCACUACGAUUUAAGUUUAUUUCAAAUUUUUAUCGAAGAAUUCAAUAUAAACAUGGACGGGAUAAAAGGAAUUCAAGUAAAUAAACCUAAUAGAAAUUGUGACAAUUUGGAAGAAUUAUCGAAAGAAGAACUAAUUUCUCGUGUAAAAAGCCUUCAGGCUCAUAAUGUUCAGCUCAAAAGUAUACUAUCGAAAAAUUUGAAAGAUAAAGGAGUCGUUCAUUGUAAAAAAUUGAAACCAUUUGAUUUUACAAAAUGUUCAAUGAGGCAUGUUUUAUUGAAAUUUUGUUAUUUAGGGUGGGAUUAUCAAGGUUUCACUACUCAGGAAAACACAAAUGAAACAAUUGAAUAUUAUUUAUUCAAAGCAUUAGAACAGACAUGUCUCAUCAAAGACAGGGCUUCUUCAAAUUAUCAUAGGUGUGGUAGGACAGAUAAAGGUGUCAGUUCUUUUGGGCAGGUCAUAUCAAUAACUCUCAGAAGUAAAUUAGAUGAAAAUAAUUUAGACAAAAUUGAAGAAGAAAUUAACUAUUGUCAGAUACUCAACAGAGUAUUACCAAAAGAAAUUCAGUGUAUAGCAUGGAAACCAGCUCCUGUAGGAUUUAGUGCAAGAUUUGAUUGUAAAAGUAGAACAUAUAAAUAUUUUUUUCCUAUGGGGAAAUUGAACAUUGAGAAUAUGAAGAAAGCAUCUAGUUAUCUUCUUGGAACACAUGAUUUUAGAAAUUUGUGCAAAAUGGAUGUAGGGAAUGGUGUGGUAGAAUUUACACGGACCAUUGCAGAAAUAUCUAUUGAAGUAGUGUUUCCUCACCUUGACUUGGACGAGUAUAGUAUGUUUGUUUUAACAGUAAAUAGUGGAGGAUUUUUAUGGCAUCAAAUAAGAUGUAUGCUGGGAAUAUUAUUUUUGGUUGGUCAAAACAAGGAAUCCCCUGAAAUUAUUAAAGAACUUUUAAACAUAGAAAAAAAUCCUUGCAAACCAGAUUAUAAUAUGGCUAGUGAAAUUCCAUUAAAUUUAUAUUCAUCUAGUUAUGACCUGAAAUGUGACUGGUACUAUGAAGAAGAAAAUUUGAAUACUGUUUUAGAAGAAUUAAAAAGAAUAUGGACUAUAAACUCUGUUAAGUCUGAUAUGAUAAGAAUAAUGAUAGAAGACUUACGAAAUGAACUAAAAACAUCAAAUGAAAAAUGUUUAUCUGAAAAUCUCAUUCAAGGUAUAAAAUCUAAGAAUUAUAUUCCUGUUAUGAAAAGAAAAACAUGUGACAGUUUAGAGAAGAAAAUCGUCCACUACCUCAAGAGAAGUAGACUUGUGGUAAAAGAUCAGGAGGAUAAUAUAUAAAACAACUUCUGAAGAAUUUAUUGUAUUUAUUUUUAAAUAAACUUUAAAUAGCUA